GAUAUGCGCCCGUAAGUUCCAGUUCUUCGAUACCUUUGUACUACAGUUACUGUCCACAAUAAACAAGUUCAUAAGUCGACGGACCACAAGGACUGCGAAUGUUUGUUGCCCAUCCAUCUAAAUAAACGCCUCAGUCCUUCGCCAAACGGAGGCAUGAGAACACGUCGCUCCGCAUAGCAUUUUUGUACGCAAAAUGCGAAUUUUAAUUCGGAACUUCAAAACAUGGAUAUGAAGAUUGUGUGGUUUUGUGCUUUAGUUCUAAGUUUAGAUAUAGUGGAAAGUCAGUACUCGAAUUCUCCCUGUCCGAAUUUUUUUGAUUUUGAAAGUGAUGGUAGUCAAAUAUACGGGAGGAUUAUUUUAAGAGGUAGUGUGCCGGUGCCAUCUUUAGUGCUAAGAAUUAAUUUUACUGUUGCAGCUCAACUUUAUAAUAAAGGAGGCCCGGAGGCCGAGGCCCAGAAGAAUUAUGUGGGCCGCUUGGAGGCAGAGAACAGCAACUCGUUGCUGCAGAUGUACAACAACGGGCUGCCCGUGCGGUACCGAGUUCACUUCCCGGUGACACGACCGCUGCCGAAACUCACAGCGUUGACUGUGAACGGUGAAACUGUCUGCUAUGGGCCUGGAGACAUCCCCAGACCAAAUUCCUACGUCACUACAUUAAGCCUACAACACACGUCGUUCCUACAAGGCGGGGGACCGCUGAGACCGGGGGGACCAGUUUACAACAACUACCAGCCACCGCGGAGACCAGACCCGGUGGAAGUCACGCAGUUCGGAGACGACGCUCAAGUGUUCACCUUCAACAAUAUUGAACCAGGUUGGAAUAAUGGUAACUCACCAUACUAUGUGGUCAACAACACACAGCCUGUCUACCAGCAACCAACCCAAGUGUAUCAGCCAAGCAGGCCGAUAUACGAACAGGAUGAACCGGGUCCUCCUCUACAGGAAGAAAUACCACAGUACAGGCCUCAGAAGCCGGCCAAGCCGGUAUACCAGCCCGUUACUAAGAGGCCAGUGUACCAAGCCCCUGUCACAAGGCCACCCCCUCCUCCAAAACAGGAGACCUUCUACUACCCUGAACCACAAACGGAAGCUCCAAGACCUGUUACACAAAGUCCCGUAAACCGCAAGCCAGAUUCACAAACGUCGUCGAUACCUGAAUGUGGGACAAUCGCAGGCGGUAACGAGAGGGUUCCUCUCAUCUUCCACGGCAAGGGCUACCCGAGAGGCGACCUCCCGUGGCUGGUGGCCAUCUACAAGUCUGAUGGCGGAACUCUAGGCUUUACCUGUGGAGGCACUCUGGUUUCCAACAGGCAUGUCAUUACUGCUGCCCAUUGCGUGUACAAUCGGGAGACGAAGGUGCCUAUCAAGGACUUCGUGGUGAAGGUCGGAGUGCACAACCUGAACGACUGGGGCGACGACAUCACGGUCACCAGGACCCUCAUCGCCGCGGACAUACACGAGACAUACAACGCAUCUACUCUUGAAAAUGACAUAGUUAUAUUUACAUUCAACAAGCGGGUUACGUUCAACACCUACAUCCGACCGGCCUGCCUCUGGAGCGGGAGCAUCGACCAGAAUCUGAUCAAAGGAGCUAUAGGCGUUGUGGCAGGCUGGGGUGACCAGAGCGGGCCCAAACAAGGCGAACCUCAGAUGGUGCACCUCCCCGUGGUCAGCACUGAUGUCUGCAGAGCCAGCAAGCCUGACUUCCAUCUUCUGACUUCAGAGACCACUCUAUGCGCAGGUGAUCGAAGUGGCGCGGGUCCUUGCCGAGGGGACUCGGGCGGAGGUCUGUACCUUCUCGACGGAGGAAGAUGGCGACUUCGCGGAGUAGUGUCCGUGUCACUCCGCGCCACCAACUCGGAGAGCGUGUGUAACCUGAACGAGUACCUCAUAUUCACCGACACCGCGCAGUACCUUCCCUGGAUACGAAGAGUCAUGUCAGAAAACUAUUUCGAUUAAAUUUAUUUAAGACUGGUAUAACUUGUAUGUGUAGAGUAUGGAGAAGAAUAUAUUCGAGUUUAGAAAGGCUAAAAUCGUGGUUGUAUUUUGUCAAACACAUAUUCUAUCAUAGUUUACCUACACAAGAGAUUUGUUUUAAAAAAACUCUUUGGGACUUAAAAGAAA